AUGGCUGGUGCAUCGCCUCCGAAACGUGGAAGGCCAAAGAAAGACGAAGCAGUCGUGCGGAUAAGAUUAACCAAGCACAUAUAUCUCGACGAAGGUCUAAGAAUCCAAACUCCUAGUAGUGGUAAGUCGAAAUAUUUAGUACGAUCACUGCAGUUUAUAUUUAUACCCUAUAUUUUUCCCAAAGUCAUGUUAUUAUGAAUUAUAUACGGCUUGUAUACAAUUUACGUUUUGUCUGUUUCAAUUUAGUGCAUCAUUCACAUGUACCAUGUAGUUCAACGCCUGCUGUAGGACAAAGGAAAGCUAGGUUAUUUGAAGAUUCAAUAUCAUCAAUUUCCUGCCAAUCUGAUAUCAAUGUUGAUGUGUGAGUAAACUUUUCAGUUAUAUUAUGGGUUUUUACUGUGAAUAUAAAGAAUGCAUGUCAAGUGAUUGUUGACAUGCAAUGUUCCCUUUAUGUCAUUUGUAGUAUAAAUAUUCAUGGAGAGUCUACUUCUCAUAUUUCGAUCUGUACAUGAAGUCGAAGGUUUGGAGACUUUGGGCAUCAGUACAAUGGAGAACUUGUCACUCUCCAGUAAUUCUGAAUUUGGAAAACAUUUUGGCAACCCUUCCAGUUCCGAGACAGGUACUACCAGCUCAGAAUCAGAUUCCGAUUCAAGGUAAUUGACCUUUCUAUUUAAAAUCAUCUUUCAUCAUUGAUAAAGCCCCAGAGACAUGAUGUUCAUACGUUUUCAUAUAUCAAGCUUCAGACGGUGAAUUAAAGAUUGUUAACGUAAUCUUGACUGAAUUGCUUCAAACCCCUCACCUCAUGUACUGAUAUACAUGUACAUCUACAUCUACACACUAAUAAUGAAGUUGAUUGGAUUUUCAAGUAUUAACAUACAGUUCUGUAUUGUUUUAAAGUGAGAACAGUUCCGAUUUUGAUGAAAGUUUCCCAGAAACAACAAAACCUAGAAUUUUCCAGUAACGAUGAAGAUGAGUAAGUAUAAUUUUCCCUCAUAUUUGUUGUAUUUUAGUAAUUUUAUUCCACAUAGCAUACUUCUAUACAUAAUUAUAAGCUAAUAACUUUUAGUGAGUUUCUUGAACCUGUUCAGUUUGUGGAUCCUGUUCUGUUCCCACCUCUCUCUCUAAAUAACAACAAAUUAAUUGUGUACUCUAUUCAAAACAGCAAAUAAUUUGAAGAGAAUACACAAUUAAAUUUUUUGGGUCACCCUGUAUAUCAAAGUAUUGAUCAGAGAGGGUAUAUGGCUUCUAAUACAUAAUGUAUUUUUGAUUUUCAGUUAA